AUGGCGGAUAGCAGUGACUCAGAGCAAAGCUUCAAAGAAACCGUUUUUGAUUCCCUCGACAAGCUCUACACCGGCCUACGAACGAGCGCAUUCACAAAACCAAGCUACAAGGCCGGUAUUUACUGGUUAGUUGUGAUAGCGGGGUCGUUUUUGCACGACUUUCUUCCAAUUCCUAGCUCGUAUUUGAGUAACAAAAGAAAUGUUUUCAACGUGUACUUUGUAAAGAUUGGAUGGGGAUGGACGUGGGGGCUGUUAACCGCCGUGACAAUCCUCGCAAGCUGGGUUCACACGCCAGGGAACCUUGUUUCCAUGCUGAGACACUAUAGUCGUCUGUUCGUAGCAACGCUCGCAUGGUUUCUAUGGGUUUCGCUCUUUGAACAAAUUGAACAUUGGACUGGGGUUUGCAAAGGGCAGUCGAGUCUAGACUCAAAGUAUGUUUGCCACAAGAAGGGGUUUCUCUGGAGAGGAUUUGAUAUCUCUGGGCAUUGCUUUCUGCUGAUCCACUGUGCUUUGACUAUAAGCGAGGAGAUUCAAGUUGUGAGGUACCUUGAGGAAUUAAGCUCUGCCGAAGAAACCUCUGAUACAAGUUUGAGUCCAAAAUCUGGCCAAACAACCAACAGACACUUAACAAUGUCUGGAAAAUACUGGUAUAAGAUCUUGCGGCCCCUCAUCGUCACUGCAUUUAUAUGCACCGCUGCCUUGUUAGUGCUCUGGGAAGCAAUGCUUGUACUAACUUGCUUGUAUUUUCACACUGUGUAUCAAAAGAUCCUUGGUGCUUUGAUUGCCAUUUUUACAUGGUUUGGAACUUAUCAUUAUUUAUAUAAAGAAAAUGUUAUUCCUUUUAUUCCCUGCCCGUUAAAGCCAGACAUUUAAGAAUGUGAUAGCAAAGGCCAUUUCAACUCUUUGGGAAAUUUGUCUUCCUUUUACCCUAAGGCUUUAAUGUACUUUUUUAUUAAACAAUGAAAAAAAAAAAACAGGUAUCACCACUGCCACCUGUGUUGAUAUCAAAUUAUUUAACCACUUUUAACCUGUUUUAACCAAUUAGCCUUUAGUAUUUUCAUGUGCAUCUGAGAGAUUUCAUAUAAUAACCAUACAUUUUAUAUUCUUGUGACAAAAUUAUCUAUCACUCGUUCGCUCUGCUGCACUCAAUUGUUUGAUAUAAUAUCAACACUUGAAGAUAAAAUUUGUAUCCGCGCACGACCAAGUGAUGUCCUCUAGAUGUGGGCUGCAUAGAUUUCAAAUAAAUUGUGGAACUACUGGAGUCACAA